UCCUUAUACUGUUUUCCUCAUACCCUUUAUGGCAAAAUAUUGGUUAAAACGUUUAAACUCCACAUAUGGAGAGAUUCCCUACACACAACACCCCAUAUUAUCAGAAUACAAAGUAACAAUGCAGUAUUUUCAUACACGUAUGAUUUUGGGGGGAAAUAAAUAAAACAGGCCAACGUUACUAGGCAAAAAUACAAAUUAAUCAGUUUUUUUUUUUAUCUACACGGGGUAGAAAGACAAGGGGGUGUGCUUCCCUAGCGACGGCUUUUGUAAAUAAUCAAAGGAAAAUGGCGACUGUGUACGUCUGGUUGCUGGUCUUAGGGUCUGUGGUCUUGUGCAACCUCGUCAAAAUGUUGUUACCUUCAAUUUCCUCCUAUCUGUCCAAAGUUUUCCAGAAGAAUGUGGAAGAUGAGAUGGAGAUGAGGGCAGCGAUUCAGACCAUGAAGAAGGAGCUUUCUUCCAUCAACAUGAUGGACGAGUUUGCCAGGUACGCACGGCUCGAGCGCAAGAUCAACAAGAUGACGGACAAGUUGAAGACUUAUGUUAAAUCCAGAACUGGUCAGCAGACAAAAAUCAAAUGGGUCGUCAACAUAGUGUAUUAUAUUCUGCAGGCUGUGCUGAUGAUCUCUCUGAUCUGGAAAUACUAUGCUGACCCAGUGACGGUCUUGCCCAGUAAGUGGAUUUCUCCUCUAGAGCGAAUGGUGGCCUUCCCAUCUGGAGUAGCAGGUGGUGUUGGAAUCACAUGCUGGCUAGUUGUUUGUAACAAGGUAGUGGCUAUAAUUCUCCAAGCGGUGGCUUGACAGCCUAAACUUGACUGUCUACUUUGAGACCAAAUUAUGCAAUUGUUGUUGAUAUUUAGUUCAAUUUAAUGAGAAGAUUUGUAAAUAUUUUUCAUACACUGGCCUUGAUAUUUAAAUGUUUUGUGUUGAGACUGUUUGUUUCUUUUUUUUGUUUCACUGCAUUUUGAUAAACCAGCAGGGUUGUUUUGUUGCAUUUUCUUUCUUUCCAAAUCCAUUCCUCUUCAUGAAACUAGUGUGAAAAAUUGUGGCUUAAUACUUUGGUUACAAUUUGUUCGUAUUCUGAAGGAUUCAAGCCAUAUCAUUAUUUUACCUACAUGACAGUGUUCUGCUUUCCAUUUGUGUUUGUCGGUUGCCUACUUUUCUAACCCUCUUCCAGAAUUAUUCUUGUGGUUGACAUAUCAAUAAAAACAUGCCAAACAUUA